CCAAGCCAAAUCAAGAAGACUAUAAAAGAAGCCCUAAGAAAAACCCUAAUUCCUUAACACUCUUCCUUCGUCCUUCUCCUCUUCGCUUCCGCCUCUUACAGUUCUCACCUUCACACACCGCACUCAUCCAAAAUGCCGUUCAAGAGGUAUGUGGAGAUCGGAAGAGUGGCUCUUGUCAACUACGGAAAUGACUACGGAAAGCUUGUAGUGAUCGUCGACGUCAUUGACCAGAACCGGGCCCUUGUUGAUUCUCCCGACAUGGUGAGGUCACAGAUGAACUUUAAGAGGCUUUCCCUCACUGAUAUCAAGAUUGACAUCAAGAGGGUACCUAAGAAGAAGGAACUUCUUGCGGCCAUGGAAGCUGCUGAUGUAAAGAAGAAGUGGGAGAACAGCUCCUGGGGAAGGAAAUUGAUUGUCCAGAAGAGAAGGGCUGCUCUCAAUGACUUUGAUCGUUUCAAGCUUAUGUUGGCCAAGAUUAAGAAAUCUGGACUUGUCAAGCAAGAGCUAGCCAAGUUGAAAAAAGCCAAUGCAUAGACAUUUGUUAUUGAAUUCUCAAAAUUUUGUUAUGAGCUUGUUUGAAUUCUAUCGUUGGAUGUUAGCCUGUUUCAGAUCUUUUUAAAUAUUGUUAAAGGAUUGAUAUUCUAAUUGUCUUUCAGUUUAAACUUUAAUGUAGAAUUUUUGUUUGGUUUU